ACGGCCUCGCCCGUGCCUCCGUGGGGCCUGGGGGACGGUCGGCUGAGCCUGCGGGGCCCGGGAGCCCUCGCGCGGCCCGAUGGCGCCGGCGCAGGCACCAGUGACCUUCAAGGAUGUGUCUGUGACCUUCACCCGGGAGGAGUGGGAAUUGCUGGACCCAGCCCAGAGGACCCUGUACCAGGACGUGAUGCUGGAUAUCUGCAGGCUCCUGGUCUCGCUGGGGCAUCCGGUUCCCAGGCCGGAGCUGGCCCACCUGCUGGAGCACAGGCAAGAGCUGGGGACUCUGAAGGGAGGCCUCCCACAGAGCACCUGUCCAGGUGACAGAGCAAAACAUCAGACCAGAGAGCCAAGCACCACUCAGCCAGUUUUGUGUGAGGGAGCCUUGCUCCAGGGAAGCAGGACUCCAGAAUCGUCAAGGGACUCCAGACUGAAGCAAGCCAGGGAACGGGAAGGGCUUUUGGAAGUGAAGCCAAGGACAGACCCCCACAAGGAGGCCCAUCCUGCGAAAAGGAGCCCUGAAGAUAAUGGUCUGGGGACAGAUGACGGUCUGCACUCUAGGGGGUUACAGGACAGAGUCUCCCGGGGAGAUGUUCUCCGUGAACAUGACCUACAGGGACCAGGGAAGGGCCCCAGGAUCCAGGUGGGAAGAAACCUCUACAAAUGCAAGCAGUGCGGGAAAGGUUUCAGCAGAAAGUGGUACCUUGCUCGCCACCAGCGGGUUCACACGGGGAUGAAGCCCUAUGAGUGCAAUGCGUGUGGGAAAACCUUCAGCCAGAGCUCCACCCUCAUCCGGCACUACCUCAUCCACACUGGGGAGAAGCCCUACACGUGCCCCGAGUGUGGGAAGGCCUUCAAGCGCAGGUCCUACCUGGUGCAACACCACCCCAUCCACACUGGGGAGAAGCCCUAUGAGUGUGCCCAGUGUGGGAAGGCCUUCAGCCACCGCUCCACCUUCAUUCGGCACAAAAGGACCCACAGCAGGGAAAGGCCCUUUGCAUGCAAGGAUUGCGAGAAAGCAUUCAGCAACAGAGAGCACCUUAUCCAGCACUACGCUGUGCACACGGGGGCCAAGCGGUUCGAGUGUGCCGUGUGUGGGAAGGCCUUCCGCUGCCGCUCGGAGCUCCUGCAGCACCGGCGUGUGCACACAGGGGAGCGGCCGUACGUCUGUGCACAGUGCGGGAAGGCCUUUCACCGCAGCACGUACCUGCUGCAGCACUCCAUCAUCCACACGGGGGAGAAGCCAUACAAAUGUGGCCUAUGUGGGAAGGCCUUCAAGCGCAGGUCCCACCUCCUGCAACACCAGCGGGUCCACACCUGAGCUAAGGCCCUCCCACACAGGGGCUGAAGAAGGGCCUCAUCCACUGUUCCUUCCUGGUCUGUGAAGGGGAUCCACAUGUGAGGAAAAUCUCCUUCAGUGCAAAGAAUGUUUGGAGAGGGAGUUUUGUCAGCUCUGAAAGGCACAAGAAGUCGCCUUGGCAAGAAGCCCUGUGAAUGCAGCGACUGUACCUUGAGCUGCAGGUCAGCCUUCCCUCUUCAUGGUGGGAGAGAAAGGAGAGAAGGUGGGUCACCAGUGGCUCUGCCUCCGUCAGCAUCAGAAAACUUACAGGGCAGAGAGGCUGGAUAUAACUACUAAGGCCAGUCUUAAGCCAAAAGGAAAAAUCUUACUUGCUAUCUGAGAAUUCGUAGCAAAGAAGAGCCACAUAACUGUCAUAGCUAUGAGCAAACCUUCUGGGACAGGUCACUGAUACACUGAUCAGAUCACUGGGGAGGAAGAGGGAGAGGUCACAGGAGGAGGUUGCCCAAGGCAAUGGUGAGCAGAGGAGGAUGGGAUGGGCCGAGAA